CAUUAAAGAAACACAUCAACCCCUCUCUCUCUCUCUCUCUCUCUCUCUGGAAGUCUCAAUGAGGUUUUUUUCCAACCUACCACACCAUUUCAUCACCUUCCAAACAAAGCAAAUCAAUCUCUACUCCCUCGCCGGUACCACCCUUUUCUGCUCCCUCUUCUACCUCCUCGGCAUCUACAACCACGGCGGCCUAACCACCACCACCUCCCUCCACCACUCCACUCUCCCCUGCCUUAACCCAUCACAAAACACCACCACCAUCCACGUCACCACCCCCAAACCCCUCGACUUCACCACCCGCCACUCCGCCGACCUCCUCCUCCCCCUCCUGCCCCCCGCAGCGGCGCGUGUCCCCCACCUCCCCCGCUGCGACCCCAGAUUCGCCGACCACACGCCGUGCGAGGACGUCGCCCGGUCCCUGAAAUUCGACAGGGAGAGGAACAUAUACAGGGAAAGGCAUUGUCCAGGGAAAGGGGAGGCGUUGAGGUGUAGGAUUCCGGCGCCGUUCGGGUACACGACGCCGUUCCGGUGGCCGGCGAGCAGGGAGGCGGCGUGGUACGCGAACGUGCCGUACAAGCACCUGACGGUGGAGAAGGCGGGGCAGAACUGGGUCCGGUUCGAGGGUGACCGGUUUAGGUUCCCCGGGGGUGGGACCAUGUUCUCACGUGGGGCCGAUGCGUAUAUUGAUGAGAUUGGGAGGUUCAUUAAUCUCGGAGACGGGUCGGUGAGGACCGCCAUUGAUACCGGCUGUGGGGUAGCAAGUUGGGGAGCAUACCUUUUGUCUAGGAACAUCUUAACAAUGUCAUUUGCACCAAGAGACUCACAUGAAGCUCAAGUGCAAUUUGCUCUUGAACGUGGUGUUCCGGCCAUGAUUGGAGUGCUCGCAUCCAUCCGGUUACCUUACCCUUCCAGAGCUUUUGAUAUGGCUCAUUGUUCUCGCUGCCUCAUUCCUUGGGGCCUGUAUGAUGGAGCUUACUUAGUUGAACUUGACCGGAUCUUACGCCCCGGUGGGUACUGGAUUUUAUCGGGCCCACCAAUAAACUGGGAGAGACACUGGAAGGGGUGGCGGAGAACAAAAGAAGAUCUGAAAGCUGAACAAGAUGUGAUUGAGAGUAUAGCAAGAAGAAUGUGCUGGAAGAAAUUGUUGCAGAAGGGCGAGCUUGCUAUUUGGCAAAAACCCACUAAUCACAUUCACUGCAAAAAGAACCGAAAGGUCUUCAAGGAACCGCACUUCUGUCUAGCACAAGAUCCAGACACGGCAUGGUACACUAAGAUGGAAACUUGUUUAACUCCUCUCUCUGAAGUCUCUGACAUCAAAGACAUUGCCGGUGGGCAAUUAGCUAAGUGGCCAGAGAGAUUGACUAUGAUUCCUCCAAGAAUUCUCAGUGGAAGUCUGGAGGGUAUCACAGUAGAGGACUUCGAAAAAGAUGCAGAAUUGUGGAAGAAGAGAUUAGCAACUUACAAGGCUUAUGACCAUCAGCUAGCAGAGAAAAGGCGGUAUCGUAACUUACUUGAUAUGAAUUCCCACUUGGGAGGGUUUGCAGCUGUGCUAAUCGAUGAUCCGGUGUGGGUGAUGAAUGUUAUGCCCGUGGAGGCGAAGGUGAAUACCCUCGGUGUCAUAUAUGAGCGUGGAUUGAUCGGAACUUAUCAAAACUGGUGUGAAGCCAUGUCUACUUACCCGAGAACUUACGAUUUCAUUCAUGCAGAUUCAAUUUUUAGCCUGUACAAGGACCGAUGCGACGCGGAAGAUAUUUUGUUAGAAAUGGACCGAAUUCUACGGCCACGAGGCAGCAUCAUUCUCCGAGAUGACGUCAACAUAUUAUCCGAUAUCAAGAGCAUCAUCGAUGGGCUCCAGUGGGAAACCAGAAUGGCUGAUAGUGAAGGAGGUCCCCAUGUGAGGGAAAAGCUCCUAUUUGCAGUUAAGAUGUACUGGACUUCCCCAACUCCUGUUGCUGCUAACCAACAAGAAGGAGAAUCCAAGACAGCUUCUUAAUUGGUUUUUUUUUUUGGUCUCCUCUGGUUCAGAACCAGCUUCUGAAUUUUUCUUUUUGUCAGUGGAAUUGGGCUCCAGAAUUAGCGCGUAAGCUGGUCCAGACAUCUGAAUGGCUGAACUAUCGAAAGAAAAAGUUGACUCUUUCAAUUUUUGGAUGUCACAGUUGUGUUUAACUUAUAGCAAUGAUAGAAAUAAUUUUUUCUGAUA